AAGUGAAUUUCACGGCACUAAAUUUUAACCUUUUUACACUUUUCUUGCACUUGUCAUGCUAAAUAAUAACAGAAGCAUUUAAUUGCACAUAGAAAAAUUAUCUGAUACAUUCGAAGAUUUUAAGUGUGUUCCAGUUUUGACAAGCAAUCAUGUCAACCAAAACACCUGCAGAAUCUGUCGUUGAGUUAGGUGAAGAAGUUAAUAAAGGAGCCAUUCGUCAGAUUGUUUGGGACUACAUAGAGAAGAAUGAUCUUGUGGAGUUUCCAAGACCAUGCUAUCGUAGAAUCCCUAAUGUUAAGGGAGCAGCAACUGCAGCAGAGAAGAUGACUUCAUUAGAUGAGUUUAAGAAGGCACAGACAGUGAAGAUAAACCCAGAUAAACCACAGGAAAAUGCUAGGUUUCUAACUCUUGAAGCUGAUAAGACAUUGUUGGUGCCAACACCUAGACUUAGGACUGGAUUGUUCAAUAAAAUAGUACCACCAGAGGGUUGUAAUAAGGAUAUUCUGAGAAUAUGUGCCACAACACAGGGUGUCAGAGAACACAGUGAACCUAUUGGACUGGACACAAAAAUCAAAGUAGAUUUAGUUGUUAUUGGAUCAGUGGCUGUCACAAAAACAGGUUUGAGAAUAGGUAAAGGAGAGGGAUACGCUGAUAUGGAGUACGCUAUGAUGAGAAGCAUGGAAGCUGUGGAUGAGAACACUGUUAUCAUCACAACGGUCCACGACACUCAGGUAGUUGAUUUCCCUGAGAGUCUGAUUGAAGAUCAUGAUGUAGUAGUUGAUUACAUCAUAACACCAACAGAAAUCAUCAAAUGUAAUAGGACAAGAAAGAACCCUUCUGGUAUUAUCUGGUCUAAGAUUACACCUGAGAAACUCCGCCGUGUUCCAAUUCUACGGAAGUUACUCAAGCGUGAGGAAGCAGAAGGGAAAGAUGUUACCCUUAAAGAAGGUGCUCCACCUCCAGAGAUAAAAACUGAAGAUGAAGGAGAAGAAUCGGACAGAAAUUAUCAAAGACGCCCAUUCUAUCGUAGAACUAGGGGUGGUCCAAGACGUCCGUACAACAGAAGACCUAGAAGAGAUAGAAAUAGUGAAAAUGAUACAGAUGGAAAAGGUGACAUAAGAGACGAGAGUGAAAGAGAGGCCAAGAGUGGCGAUGAAGAAAAUCAGCGUCCAAGGCGUCAACAACAGCCAAGAAGACGUAGAUUUAAUAGGAGGAGGAGAAAUACAAGUGAAAAUAAGGAGAAUGAAGAACCUAGAAGUGGUGAUGAGAGAAGAAAUCGUAGAAGUGUUGGUGAGUCUGACGGUGCUGAUAAUGAAGAAGGUAAAAGUGGUGACGAGGGAAAACCAAGGAGACGUAGACCCCAGCCACAGAGAAGGAGAUUCAGACCCAACAACAGACGCAGUGAGGGAGAUGAGAAUGAGGACCAACAAGGUCAGUCUCCAAGACGUAGACGUGGACCCCCAAGAACACCAAUCCCUACUAUCUUUGUUGGUAGUGUUCAAAGGUCUGUCCGAGUUAGUGAACUGAAAUCCAAAAUCCGUGAGAAAAAUGUGAAUCCAUUAAGAGUGAUCUGGAAUGGAGCUAAAUGCUAUGCUCUGCUACAGUUUCCAAAGAUGAAUGAGAUGGAGGCUGCAUUUGACACACUACAAGACUUUGAAAUGAACGGCAAGAAACUGAAAAUUGAGAUCUCAAAUAGAGUCAAACAAUACAUCGACGAGGAGCAAAACAAAGGUGACGGAGAAGCCCAAGUUGCCGUUGAAGAACAGCCAGAAAACUAGACAUGCAUUACCCCCGAUAAAUAACGGCAGACGUCUUGAGAAGAUAACUGUCAAGAAGCUAAUUAUUUGUCAUGUUUUGUGUGAAUGACAUAUUUGGCAUUGUUUCAAGCCACAUAUCUAAUGUUGGUUAUAUAUAUAAAGGGUUGUAGCAUAUCAGAUUGAACUUUGAACUUUUGUAAUCUGGUAUGGGUAGGAAACACAGUAUUUGUUCAUUGUUUAAGAACUGAUGUUAAAGUUUAAUUAGAUUUGUUCAUUGAUAUAUUUGAGAUAAUGAAUUUUAUUCUUUUACAAUAUUGAUUAUUGUUGAAUUGUAAAAAAAUCUUUUGAAUACUAAAUUUUCUCCCUUGUCAGUUCAAAGGGAGACAACCUUGUUAAAUUUAAAACAAUGAAUUCACAUAUUUAUUUUCAUACACAAAAAUAGAAUAGACUUGGUAUCAAUUUUAUUUAAAAACUACUUCCGCUAACUUACAGAUAUUUGAUUUUAAUUUCAAUUAGCGUUAGUUAGAUUAUUUUUUAUGUUAAUCACACAAUGAAAAAUCUUUAAAUAACUAUAACUAUAUACUAAUGUUGUUUUUUUUAUGUUGCCAGAAUGAACCCUAGCAGAGCAUAUAUGCUAAAAAGCUGACUUUAAAGUCUUAAUUUCAUUCAAUAUUAUAGCCAAGUCUUGUAUCCAUAAAGCAUAAUUUGUUAAUAGCUUGUAUUAUUUAAGAAAUAAUUGUUUGUGGCCAAAUUAUUUUGUUUAUUUCUGUAACAUCCACACACUGCCUUUAGAAUUGAUCACCCAUUUUAAAUAUGGUGAAGGUUUGUCCAGUUUUCCAUCAAGUGUUUAGUGUUUUAAUUAGUGUGUAAUUUCAGGCUUGAUUUGAAUUGCAAACAAAUAGAUAUUGACUUUCUUUUAAGUAACUGCAACUAUGAAAUGAAAGAAUAUUGUUAUUUUUAAAUAAUCAAAAUAUUUAUUUGUUUAAACAAUUUUUUAAGGAAAUUAGAGAAUUGAGAUUAUUUGAAUGAAUUAUUGGUUUGAACUGAUUUAUAAUAGAAAUUUUGAUUUUACUGGUGCCAAAGCAGUAUUGUUAAAACGCAGUAAUUUUACUUCUCCGAUUUUUCUCUCUCUUCACUAUUGUUUUAUUUUACUUUAAAUGUGUCCUUUGUAUAUUUUCUGUUUUGUUGUGUAUGUCUCAUUUUGAUUGUGUAUGUAAAUUUCAUAUCACAUUGCUUUCAUUCAUAAUUUCAUGAAUUUUAAAACUUACCAUUUCAUUAAAUCAAACUUCACAACAUGUGUGUGUCUAAGCAAUUUAUUUAUCAUUUGUUCAAUCUGUUAAAAAUAAUCUUUUCAUUUUAGUUAAAAAUUUGGUUAAGGCAGUCAGCCUUUGUCUUCUUUUUUUUUUAAUUGAACAUUUUGAAAAAAAAUUGUUUUGCACUGCAAUGUUCUUAUAUCUUUUAAAAAAAUAAACCUUCUAAAAUGGCGAACAGUUUUACAGAGAUUGAAAACGAAAUACAGAUUACCAUAAAACUUUUGGAUGGCCUUGCAGGUUUUUGUUAUUGUUUUCGUUCAAUAUAUAUAUUUUCUUUUCAUAAAAAAUGGAAGAAAUUUUUGCAAACAUUGCAAAAAAAUAAUGUUUCAAUCAAUGAUCUCUGUUGUAAAAUUCUCCUUAGUUCAGUAUAUAGAAUUUAGUUUUAGCUGCUUACCAGAUAUGGGUUUUGGGUAUUUGAAAGGUGGGGAACAUUUCGUGAUGUAAAUAGCGUCUGCAACAUAAACAAAAAUUGUGAUUUUGGAUUAAGUGCCUUUAAAUAAAUUAUGGAAAUCAGUAGAAACAUUAAUGAAUUAUUAAACUUAAGAAAUUACCAUGGUUAUUGGGCAUUUUGUUUUAAUUGAAAAAUGCAUUACAAAUAUUAAUUUGAGGAAUGAUUGCGUGUAAUAUUGUAUAUAGACCACUAUAUUUUAUGUGUGAUAUUUGUGAAAAUUAAGUAUGAGUGAAAUAAUUAAAGUAUAUUUUUGUAUCACUCAAUCGCCAGAGAGGCAAGUAAAAUAAGUAGAUUUAUAGACAUUUAUCUGAGCAAAGAUUUGUGUAUUGUUUAGUAGUUUAGUAGUUUGUUAUUUGACCCACUUUGGAUUAGCGGAAAAAGCACAAAUCCUCUUUGAGUUGUAGUUAUAAUGCAUAUGAAAUUAAUUUAAUAUGAUAUAUUAUAUCUACUGAAUUCUGGAGCUAAGUAGUUAAAAAUUAAUGACGACAUAUCGGUCAGAACAGGGUGAAGGUAUUUUAUUAUAAGGCAGUUCCAGGAAAUACUAGGUCCCCCCAUUGACGGCUCUAUUUUUUAACCCCAACCACCAACAGAAAUGAAAUUGAAUUAGAACAAUACUCCCUUUGAAUUUUGUUAUUUCAAAUACAGCCAUCCACAUUAAAAAAAAUGCCAUCCCUAGGUGGGACAUUGUAUUUUCUGGAACAGCCCUAAGAAUAUCUUUGCAACACAUUUAUGCAAUUUUUUUAUAACAAAUUUUAAAUAGCUUAAUCUUAGACUCAGGUACUUAAUUUUCAGAAUUUUUCACUAUUUAUUUUCAUUUUCAUUCAACUUGCUUUAUAAAAUUUGAUUUCAGUGCCAACUUCUUUUUAAAGGACUACAUACUAGAAAUGUACUAAAAAUGUAAUCUGUAAUUUAAAAGUUUGAUAUUUUAUGUAAAGACACUUUCGAAGGAUGGUUAAAAAGUUUUAGGAAUGAAAUUAAUUAAAAGAACAGAUGCAUUAUGGGUGUGCUCUUUCUACACUUCUAUUUGCCAAUUUUUUUCAUCCUUGGCAACCAAAAGUAUAUCCUCAGUAGGUGUUAAAUAGAUCAGCUGUCAACUACAAGGACUUUUAAAGAAGGGAUAUUGCUGUUUUAGACUUUUAUAAAUUUGAUAAGAUUGACCUUUUCUCUUUAAUGGGCUUAAUUUGUCAUCCAAACUUCCCUGUCCAAAUGGUUAUGGACCAGUAAAUGAAAUUAAUUGAACUUUGAAAUAUUAAAGGCAAUACUAAAUAAGAACAAUGAUUCUGUUCCAAAUACUUUUUGAAACUUGGGGAAUGUGAGAAAAAUAUCAAAUAUUUACAUUUCAGAACUUUGUUUCUCAAUAAAUCUUUGAUUGUAUUCAUGAAUAAUAAAUUAUGUGUACAAUUAAUUGUUAUUUGCGAUUUUUUGUGAAGCAGUCCUGAAGAUUAAGUCGUAGGGUUUUUAAAAAGAUUUAUAUGUAUGGGUGACCCCUAUUUUCUUGGAGGAGGCAUUUGAUGGUGGUUGUACUAUCCAAAAAUUUUGUUAAUCCUGUUAUCCUUUUAAACAUUUUACUUAAAUAGAUGAAGUAAAUAACAAAUUUCUUAAUGUUUAAUGAAGAAUAAAAUCAAAUUUUGAUAUUAAAGUCCCAAGGAAAUAAUAAUAAAUGCAAUUUAUUUUCAUUAUGUCAAGGUCAUUUUCAUCUUAUAAAUUCAUAUCACUAUUAUAUUGAUUACAUAUGGGACUUAAUAGCCUCUGAUAUUAUUGUUAUCUAUACAUUAUACCAAUUCAACUUAUACAUGGUUUAAAAAUACUGUAAAAAAAUACCAUCACUGUUUGAAUUUGUUUUGUCAUUAAAAUUGUUAAUUUCAGCUUUCUAUAAAAACAUUUAAAAAAAAAGCGAUUAAACGUUUCUUUUUAAAAAAUGAGGUUAAGUUAGGUUUGAUUUGAGAGAUAAGAAAACAAUCUGAGUUUAUAAUUAUCUAAUUUGGUGUUCCAUUUUUAAUACUGUGAAAUAAAUUACAAUUUUUUUACAAUUUUAAUCAACUUGUGAUGACGUUUUUUUACAAUAUUAAGUGAACCAUGUGACGAUUCAUAAUUUAUUUAUUACCCAAUAAUACAGCUGUGCAUUUAGUGCUUAUAAUUUGAACCGUUGGUGUUAUGGUUGAUAGUCUUUGCUCAGAAUUGUAUUACUUAAGAUAGUCAUACAUUGGGAGACUUGCUCUUGUUAUAAUUCUAUUUAAUUAAAACAGUUGUGAUGUUGAAA